UUCCUACAUUGCCUAACCAUUAAAGCUUUGCCAACCGCCUACUUUAUUAUUCACAUACAUAAAAAAGAAAGAGAAAGCCAAGCAAGAAAAGAAACCUGUGCAGUUCUCACCAACCCUCCCAACCUCCCAACCCUUUUCAAAUUAUUGGAGAAAUAAUUGACAGAGUGGUAGGUUUAAUUUUCGACAAACGAUUCAAUGGCAGGCGGAGGGAAUUGCUGUAGGAUUCUAGACAAUGAAGUGCUUCUACUAUUUCAAGGACAAAGCUAGGAGCAGGGAACAAAGAUCUGCUCCAGAACUGAAAGAAGAAACAAAAUCGGAUUAUUCAGGUGGCGGCGACAGGGUCAUUAAGUCCACCUGUUCCGCGAAUUCACCCCGCGGUAUCCCAGAAAUGUACGAAGAGAAGGCUCAUAAUUUGCGGGCGUUUACAUUCGCGGAGCUCAGGCAGGCAACAAAUGACUUCAGUAGGCUGCUUAAGAUCGGAGAAGGCGGAUUUGGGAAUGUAUACAGAGGUUCAAUUAAGGCCGCUGAUGACAAGGGCAGCGAUCCAGUCGUUGUCGCCAUUAAAAAGCUUAACAAUGAUGGCUUACAGGGUCACAAGCAGUGGGUGGCCGAAGUUCAAUUUUUGAGUGUUGUGGAGCACCCGAAUCUUGUCAAACUAAUCGGAUACUGUGCUGUUGAUGGAGAAAGAGGGAUUCAACGACUGCUUGUCUAUGAAUUCAUGCCCAACCGAAGUUUAGAAGAUCAUCUGUUCAACAAGGUGUACUCAACCGUACCUUGGGAGACAAGGUUACAGAUAAUACUUGGAGCAGCUCAAGGAUUGGCGUAUCUGCACCAAGGAUUGGAAGUUCAGGUAAUCUAUCGAGAUUUCAAAUGCGCAAAUGUGUUACUGGAUGACAACUUUAAACCGAAGCUUUCGGACUUUGGGCUUGCUAGGGAGGGGCCAAUGGUUGGCCAUACUCAUGUUUCAACUGCAGUAGUGGGGACUUAUGGGUACGCUGCUCCAGAUUACAUCGAGACAGGCCAUCUCACAGCGAAGAGUGAUGUCUGGAGUUUCGGUGUGGUGCUGUAUGAGAUUCUUACGGGCAGGCGAUCACUGGAGAGAAACCGGCCAAGAACAGAACAGAAACUUUUGGAAUGGGUGAAACAGUUCCCUUGUGAUGGAAAAAAGUUUGGCUUGAUAAUGGAUAGCAGGCUGGAAAACAAGUAUUCUAUCACCGCGGCAAGAAAGAUAGCUAAUCUGGCCGAAAGUUGCCUGUCAAAGAGCGCAAAAGAUCGGCCAACAAUGAGUCAGGUAGUAGACAAACUGAAGCAGAUUAUCCAAGACUCCGAAGAGGGAAUCCCAUCCGACAGAAGUUCUGAAUCCGUUGAGAAUGACCAAGCCGACUCGGUAACAAAGCCGAGACAGUUGGAGGCCUCAGAGUCAUGGCAGAGGCGAAUGGCUCACCUGGCCAAACUAGGCGAGCAUGUGGAGAGCGCUAGUAGAAGAAGAUUCAUGAUUAUGCAGAGGGCAAGGGUGACAUGAUGGAUAAUUCCCCAGGCGUAGUUGUAACUUGUUUUCGGGUCGUUUCUGAGAUCAAAUGAUGAGGAAAAAGUAGUGCAGAAAAGGAAAUAAGUGAGCUAAAUUGACUUGUCGAUCCAACUUUUUCUCGAGUUGGAUGGUUAUUUUUGUACAGUUGUUAAAGCCAUCAGAGAUUCUCAGAGAAUCAGUCUUUUCCAUGUAUAGGUGAUUUAAUAAGCAUAUGCUAAGGCUAUUUGUUUUCUUCCCUU